UUCCUCCCACUCUCCACUCCCUUCUCCUUAUCCACAUUAAAGCCGCUCCCCACAUCACUCUGUCCAUUACCCUGCCUUACAGUAGCCACCACUUCUCAAUGGCCUCUACUGCAGCUGCAGUGACCAUGGCAAUGCCCUCGCCUUCCUCCAUUACCCUGAGGAGGGCCUUAAUAGGCUCCACUGCCUUGUUCCAUCCAAUGAGACCCUUACCAAGGGCCACCAUUUCUACCAAAAGAUCCCACGGCCGCCUUGCGGUCCAGGCAUCAUCAUCAUCAUCAUCAUCGACGAAGGAGCAGGCAGUAGCCAGACUAACAGCUGCAGCUUUGGCGGCCGCCCUGGUGAUCCCAGACAUGGCAGAGGCAGCUCAGCCAGGGGUCUCACCAUCACUGAAGAACUUCCUGCUCAGCAUUGUUGCUGGUGGUGUUGUGCUCGGCGUCCUUGUUGGGGCGGUGAUUGGAGUCGCCAACUUUGAUCCUGUCAAACGGAGCUGAAAACCAGCAAAUUAUAAUUAAUUGGAAUAUAUAUUCUCUAGAUGUUGUUUGAUUUUUCUAUAAAUCAUUGUAACUUUGCAUCAUCGGUGUUAUUUGUAAGUGGUACUUCCAAGCAAUGUUACUAGAACCUUGUGGGAAA